AUGAGGCGUCGCGGUGGAUUUUCCGACGACGAGGCCUACGGCAGCGAUUAUGGCCACCAGGCCAUCGACCAAUGCAAGCUGCUCGAAGAAGCGCUCUUCUACGUCAAGGAACACGCGUACUACAUGCGUCAGGCACUGGAUGCAAACGAUAUCGGCGAGGCCCUUAAGAGAGGUAUCAAUGUUAUCAGCGAACUGCGCACCUCCAGUCUCACGCCUACGAACUACUAUGAACUUUACAUGAAAGUGUUCAACGAGCUUCAAGUGCUCUCCGAGUUCAUGGGCAACGAGAGCAAACGCGGCAUGAAGCUCAACCAGCUCUACGAAACGGUGCAGCAGAGCGCCUUCAUCAUACCGCGGCUGUACCUGCUUAUUAUGGCUGCAUCGCAUUGUAUCAAGGGUGGCGUAUCUUCCGCAAAGAGUAUUCUAGAUGACGUCACGGAGCUCUGCCGCGGGGUACAGCAUCCCGUAAGGGGACUGUUUCUGCGCUACUUCCUCAUACAAUUGUGUAAGGACAAAUUGCCGGAUUCGGAACCAACAAAUAGCAAUGGCACUUUGGAAUCCUUUGAAUUUCUGAUGGGUAAUUUCAAAGAGUCUGUCAGGCUCUGGGUCAGGCUAAACAGAGGCUGCACUAGCUGUGUGGACCAAAUGCGGUGGGACAAACAGAGACUUGAACUCGGGUUGCUCGUGGGCGCUAACUUAGUCCGUAUGGCACAAAUGGAAUCUCUGAAUUGCGAAUUUUACACCGAAACAGCCCUGCCCAGCAUAUUGGAAGAAAUAUCGGCAAUCAGCGACGUUUCGGCGAAGAAGUACCUUCUCGACUGUCUGAUCCAAGCCUUUUCUGACGAGUACCACCUGAAGUCGCUGCCGAAACUGCUCAAGGUUAUUGUUACUUCGAUAUCGUCCAACGAGUGUAUUAACGUGCUGACGAAUCUUAUGAACAGACUGUCGCACUAUUUCCGGUCGGCUGAUCUAAGCGGCGAUUCUGUUUGCACAGGCGAUGUAUUUGAGGUGUUCCACAAAUACCUGAGCUCGGUUGACCUCCAAACUGGAAUAAGUCUCAAGGGGUUUUUAGAUUUACAGGCCAGCUUCGUGGAGUUCACCACAACCGUAUACCCCGGUAUCAUAGAGCACGUCGAAGUCAUUCUCAACCACGUCGUGAACGUCCUGCAGAUAUGCGACACUGAGAAUCUUCGGGUGGAAGACGAUGCGUGCGGAAGUAUUAUCAAGUUGCUCACGCUUCCGCUUAGGACACUAGGCCUGCGUUCGCUUGAGAUGAAGCAUAACGACCCCCUCGUCGGCUUCCUACCAGCACACAUGCAGAGGGACGUCGCCAGGGCAAUGGUUGAAGCUAUGGUGGAGUCGAAGCUCACCAUUGACAGCUGUGAUGCUUUCGAGAUUACAAGCCGUUUCCUGCUUCCAUUUUUCGUGUCGCCCAAGUCUCACGACACGGUACACCAGUUGAGGGAUGACCAGCAGUACGUCUCGAAGCUGAUACAGAUCGUGCAGUCGUACGAUCCUUCGCAACAAUUUGGCAUAUACCAAGCUCUGCUUGAACGCAUGGUGAGAAGCGGACCAAUCUGUUAUCGUCACAGCCUGCCAACCUUGAUUCUGCGAUCUCUGGAGCUGGCAUUCAGACCCUUCGAGCUGUCUGGGGAAAGCACGCCUGCCAAUCGUUCCAUGGACGUCGAGGAAUCUGCCGCUUUGGCAAUGGGAAUAUUCAAGUUCGUUAGUGACAUGAUACGGAUGCUACAAUCAUUGAUACCUGAAGAGGCUCUCAAGUUGGCAACGUUGGCCGCAAUUUCGGUUAACGAGCUAUGCGAGCUUCUCCGCUUGGACAUGCACGACAAUGCAAACUACGAACGCUUCGGAAUUGUGUGCUACAACUUUAUCGCAACAGCCUGUGUCAUCUUCGAGGAGGACGUUAUAUUAUCGCAGCGGCAACACCAAUGUUUGCUCUACCUCGUGUCGGCUUUCUCGUCAAAGAUCACCGUGCUCAACGCCGAACACUACGGCUCUAUGUCCAUGCGCCUUGCAAAGUACUCCCUUGGCUUGCUCAAAUUGGAGCACCAAUGCUCCGCUCUGGCGCAUGUGGCAGCAGCUUUCGCGAGGUGCGAGGACAGCUCCAAGGUCACCUGGGCGCUGCAGAGAUCGCUUGUCGUAGUUAUGCAACACCAAUUCGCGCCAGAGGAUCAGAUACGUACCGCUUUGUCGCCGGUUCGUAGGGUUGCUGCACAACUACAAUCGCGGUUCGACGUUGGCGAUAUAGUAGAGGCCAUUGACAGGUAUUGA